AGAAAAAGUACACAUGUUAUUAGUACUAUAAAAUAUUAAAAAUUAAAAAAAGUACUACGCAUGUUUAUUUAGGAAAUUUAGGAAAUAAAAAGAAAGAGAAAGAGAAAGCAUCGUUAAGUAAAGAAAACAAAGACUCUUCUUAAAGACUUAACCGAGUUCUUACGCCGUUACGCGUUUUCUCUACUUUUCUUUUCCACCAAACCCUUUCUUCUCCAACCUUCAAACUUCAACCUCUUCUUCUUCACCGAUCAUUCCUUCAACCGCUUUCGAUUCUCCGAUUCUUCUUCAAUUUCCACUUCCUCCUUCAUUCCUCUCCAUAACAAACUCACAAACUCAAAAAAUCUUGAAAAAAUGAGUGACAAUUUGAUGGAAAAAGUGAACGCGUUCAGCGAAAAGCUGAAAAUCGGUGGUGUAGAAGUAGGUCGAAAAGUAACAGAAGGAAUGAGUUCAAUGAGUUUCAAGGUUAAGGAAUUCUUUCAAGGUCCUAACCAAGUCGAUAAGCUUGUUGAAGAUGCAACAUCUGAAGCACAUGAAGAACCUGAUUGGGCUAUGAAUCUAGAUCUAUGUGAUUUAAUUAAUACUGAGAAAGUUAAUAGUGUUGAAUUGAUUCGUGGAAUUAAGAAAAGGAUUAUGAUUAAAAACCCUAGGGUUCAGUAUUUGGCUUUGGUUUUACUUGAAACUAUUGUUAAGAAUUGUGAAAAGGCUUUUUCUGAAGUUGCUGCUGAAAGAGUUCUUGAUGAGAUGGUUAGGCUUAUUGAUGAUCCUCAAACUGUUGUUAAUAAUCGGAAUAAAGCUUUGGUUAUGAUUGAAGCUUGGGGUGAAUCCACUGGUGAACUUAGAUAUCUUCCUGUUUUUGAAGAAACCUAUAAGAGUUUGAGAUCAAGGGGUAUUAGGUUUCCUGGAAGGGAUAAUGAAAGCUUGGCUCCGAUUUUCACUCCUGCUCGAUCGGUUUCUGUGCCGGAGCCACCACCUUAUGUUGAUGAUGUUCCGCACCAGUUUCAGCAUGAUGUUCCUGUGCAAGUUUUUACGCCUGAACAGACGAAGGAAGCAUUUGAUGUUGCGAGAAAUAGUAUCGAGCUUCUUUCGACUGUGUUGUCGUCUUCGCCAGAACAAGAUGUUUUGCAGGAUGAUUUGACCACCACACUUGUACAUCAGUGCCGUCGCUCCCAAACUACUAUCCAGCGAAUUGUUGAAACUGCUGAGGACAAUGAAGCACUUCUUUUUGAGGCCUUGAAUGUUAAUGAUGAGAUUCAGAAGGUACUCACCAAGUAUGAAGAGUUAAAACCACAUCCAGUUGCUCCCCUUCAACCUGAACCAGCUAUGAUACCUGUUGCUGUCGAGCCAGAUGAGUCACCUCGUCAUCUUGAUACUAAAGAGGACUCCUUGAUUAGAAAGCCUGCUGGAUCAAGACCUGGUGUCCAAGGAGGGAACAAUGAUGACAUGAUGGAUGAUCUUGAUGAGAUGAUUUUCGGGAGUAAAGUUGGGGGUGCAUCGGAUGGAGGACAUGAUACAAAGAAGCAGCAAUCUUCUAAAGAUGAUCUAAUCUCCUUCUAAGCUGCACUACUGAUCUACUUUGAACUGUCUUUAACAUCCUGCUACCUUUAUACGUAGUUGUUGAUUGUGAACCUCCUUCAGAAUUUCAGAUUGCACGUUCCAUCGUUGCUGUUGUUAUGAUUGUUAUUGCAUUUUUUUGUGCAAUUUAUGUUUGAAAUAUGGUAUAUAAGUUCUUGACAAGGUAUAGAUGGGAAACACUGAGAAACAAAUAACAUUGGGUUUCGUUCA